AUGGGAAAGAAAAAUAGAAAGGGAAAGGAAAAUAAUGCGAACAGAAAUUCCUUUUUAAAGGUGGAAAUUAUCAAAGACACAAAUCCUGAGGUAGAGACACCAUCUCAACGUUGCGCAAGCAUUGAGGCAAAAGAACGCAGUCCAACCAUCAAUAAUCCAUUAGUUACAAAGGAGGAUGAGAAAAGUGAAACCUAUAAAAUUGCUUCCGAUUAUCCAACUAUUGGUGAUUUAGUUUCUUCUAUCGAGAAACUGAAUAUUCUAAAAGAAUUGGAGAUAGCGUUCCCAGACAUAGAAAAUACGUUAAUUAAAGCUAUCUUGAUUGCUUCCCAAGGGCUUUUGGAGCCUGCCUUCAACUCUUUACUUUAUUACUCAAGUCCAGAGGAAAAUAAUGAUUUCGCAUUACCUAUGAAAUCGAUAGAUGUGCAAGAUCUCAGUAAAAUCGAAUUUCCAGGGAUUUUACAAUAUGAAAUAUUGGAUGAUAUGGAAAAUGACGUUUCUGAUCAAGAGAUAAACACAUCUGCAACAAUUCCGAAAAUUGGGCCAGAACAGAGCUCUUUGGCAGGUCCUACUGAAGUCGUUAACAUGCCCACAUCAAAAAGAGAAGUAGCAGAAUCGACAAGAAAUUUGAUCAUGGCCGAUGAGCGCAAUCCGAUUUUGUCAAGGGAAAAGAGCGCACUCAAUGGAGAAGAGAAGGGAGUGAAUAGUCUAAAGGGUGCCGCUGUGAAAAGUGGCUCGAGGCCGCCGCUCGGAAAGAGCAUCUCCAUGAUUAAAAAGAAGAAUGAGCCAUCAAAUAACUUAUUUGACGUUUUGGACUGUGAAGAAGGUGAGGAUGGGGAAGAGCAAGAAAGCGAAAACGACAGCGGCAACAUCGAAGAGGUGAGAGCUGCAAGGGUGCAUGACAACACUAAGCGCGGCAGUGCAGGCAAACUACACGCCGAGGAAGAAACGACCAAGAUCAGGUACGGUGGUGGAUACAAAUCUGCCUUUGGUGCUGAUAGUUGUGGUUUGUUUACAGCCGAUGGAAAAGAUGCGAAGCAAGUCAAUUCAAGCUUGGAAAACAAGGGUUAA